AUGGGGCUAAUGUUGUUGAAGAUUGGUAUCCCCCGCCUCCUCCUCCUCCUCCUCCUCUCCAUCCAUGUCGACCAUGCAAUGAGCAGCAAUGAAUUUCUCAGGCGCCGCUGCUCCGUCGCUGCCAAUUACUCGGACGGAGACAAAUUUGAAGUCAACAUGGGCAACGUCUUCUCCACCUUGAAGAACGAAACCCCUUCCGUUGGUUUUCUCAAUACCACCAAGGGCCAAGGACCGGAAGAAGUUUACGGCCUGGUUCAGUGCCGGGGUGACGUCAGCAAGGAGGAGUGCGUCACCUGCAUCUCUAGGUCCACCAUAGAAAUCGUCCAAUACUGCCCCAACACGAAGGAUGCCGUCAUAUGGUUUGAAAAGUGCCAGUUGGGCUAA